AUGCGCAAUACACUGAUCUUCGCAGGCAAUUCCUGCCCAGUCCUCACAGGUCAAAUCUGCGAGAAUCUGGGCAUGCAUCCUGCCAGCGCUGAGCUUACCCAGUUCUCCAAUGGUGAGACGAGCGUCAGAAUUCUGACAAGUGUCCGAGAGAAGGACGUUUUCGUUGUCCAAUCAGGCAGCCCCAGCAUCAAUGACUCCAUCAUGGAGCUUCUCAUCAUGAUCUCGGCCUGCAAAGGCGGUUCUGCUAACAAAGUCACUGCCGUCCUUCCUUAUUUCCCCUACAGCCGCCAGUCAAAGAAGAAGUCUCACAGAGGUGCGAUCACUGCUCGCAUGCUUGCCAACUUGUUGGGUGUCGCUGGCGUUAAGCACGUUAUCACUGUCGACCUUCAUGCCUCGCAGAUGCAGGGCUUCUUCAAGUGUCCCGUCGACAACCUGCACGCAGAGCCUAUCCUAGCGAAGUGGAUCCGCCACAACGUGUCUAACUGGCGCGAAGCGGUCGUGGUCUCCAAGAACGCUGGAGGAACCAAGCGGGUGACAUCGCUUGCGGAUGCUCUCAAACUCAAUUUCGGGAUUGUUACUACAGACAGGAAGCGUGUGAGUAACAUGACAGCGAGCAUGAUCAUGAGGCACUUCGAUCAUAAUGUAGAGCGUCAACCCACGCCGUUGGAGUCUAACCGACCUAUUCCCUACCGUGGGCCACGGGCUUCCGAGCGUGCUGUCGAGUCCGAGGCUACUCCUAAGAGGCAGACCACCCCCCCUCGCUCCUCGCGAAUUGUGACGGACUCACAGGGCUCUCCUACACGUGUCAACAGCUCCGCCCGUUCAUUGACUGCCAAUACUGCCGAGGCUACGGACCCUAACACUACCCCCCCUGCUGGAUCACCAGAUGGUUCGGCCGAUGGUGAGGCGGAUUAUGAUGAUCAUAAAGCGUCUGAAGUUACACAGGGCCGUUUGGUUCAAGGCCGUAUCGUCGAGGAUGACUAUCCGUCUCCUGAUCGAUCUGUUGUGGACGGCAGUGUGGAAGAUGAUCCCAUGACUAUGUCUCAUGCUUCAUCAUUCUUCGUUCCUGAGCCCCAAUCUCUCGGAGGAUCUGGUGACGCUGCGGCAAGUUCCGAUGAGGAAGACAACGCAUUCGAGGAUCCAGGCGCCGAACAUCUCAUCACUCUAGUCGGAAACGUCAAGAACCGGACCGUUUUCAUCGUGGAUGACAUGAUUGACAAGGCUGGCUCUUGGAUCGCUGCGGCUGAGACAGUAGUAAAGAAAGGCGGAGCAAAAAAGGUUUAUUGCAUGGCCACCCACGGUGUUUUUGGCGGCGACAGCCUGGAGCAACUGCAAGCAUGCGAGUGCAUCGACCAGAUUGUUGUGACCAACAGCUUUCCAAUUGAUAAGGACAGGGCACGCAGCAUCAGCAAGCUGGUGGUUCUUGACCUCUCAUUCCUACUGGCAGAGGCCAUUCGACGUAACCACUACGGCGAGGCUCUUUCGCCUCUCUUCCAACAUUAUGGUGAUUAG